AUGAAGUCUCUCUCCCCCCUCAUCUCCCUCAUGAAGUCUCCCCCUCACCUCCCUCAUCAGGUCUCUCUCCCGCCUCACCUCCCUCAUGAAGUCCCCCCCCUCACCUCCCUCAUGAAGUCUCUCUCCCCCCUCAUCUCCCUCAUGAAGCCCCCCCCUCACCUCCCUCAUGAAUCCCCCCCCCUCACCUCCCUCAUGAAGUCUGUCUCCCCCCUCACCUCCCUCAUGAAGUCUGUCUCCCGCCUCACCUCCCCCAUGAAGUCUCUCUCCCCCCUCACCUCCCCCAUGAAGUCUCUCUCCCCCCCACCUCCCCCAUGA